AGUAGUAAUGGCCCUGUCGUGCUACAACUUUGUAGUGUUAGUCGCUUUGGGGUCCAUGGUCGCUGCUUCCCGCGAGAAGUCUGAGAAAGAUGAGGACAAAAAUAAGCUUAGGCUCUGGGCUCUCCUAGUCGCUGGUUCUAACGGUUAUGACAACUACAGGCACCAAGCCGACAUCUGUCACGCCUACCAUGUGCUACACAACCAUGGCAUUCCCGACGAACGCAUCGUGGUCAUGAUGUAUGACGACAUCGCCAACUCAAGAGAAAAUUCCAUGCCAGGGGUUAUCAUCAAUCACACUAAGGGUAAUGAUGUUUACCAGGGCGUGCCCAAAGACUACACAGGAGACCAGGUAACCCCGCAAAACUUCCUUGACAUUCUCCAAGGGAAGAAAGUUCAAGGCGGCAGCGGGAAAGUUAUAGCGAGCGGGCCCAAUGACCACAUCUUCGUUAAUUUCGCCGAUCAUGGCGCACCUGGUGUUAUUGGGUUUCCGAAUGACGAGUUGCAUGCCCUACCAUUUAUAAAGGUCAUCAAAAGUAUGGAAGAGCAGAAGAAGUUUGCGAAGAUGACCAUCUACAUCGAGGCCUGUGAAUCUGGUUCCAUGUUCGACGGCUUGCUGCCUGACAACGUUAACGUCUACGCCACAACUGCAGCUAACCCUGACGAGCCUUCGUACGCUUGCUAUUGGGACGAAAAGAGGCUCACAUUCCUGGGUGACGUGUACAGCGUGAACUGGAUGGAAGAUUCCGACAAAGAAGACCUGCACAAGGAGACACUCAUUGAACAAUUCAACAUAGUAAAGGAGGAAACUAACACCAGUCACGUCAUGGAGUAUGGUGACUUGAGCAUCGGAAAGCUUUCAGUCAGCGAAUUCCAGGGCGAAAAGAAGGCAAAGCCAGUUGUGCUACCAAAAGCACCGUAUGACGCCGUCUCCAGUAGGAACGUCCCUAUUGCUAUUCUAAGGAAGAAACUCGCAAGUGCGGUCAAGGCUCAUGAAAAGAAGUUUUUGAAGAAAAAGCUGUUGCAAGCUCUAAAGAACCGAUCAUUCCUGAGGAACAAAGUUACCGAUAUGGCACUGUCUCUGACUCGAGAUAACCCAGGUGACGUGGUCUCAGUGCUAACUUCGAAAACGCGACUAACCAAGUUUAACUGCUACGAAAAGGCAGUGCGUCAUUUUAAUGAUCGGUGCUUCAAGCUCUCGAAGAACGCCUACGCUUUUGAGCAGCUGCGAGUUUUCGUGAACAUGUGCGAGUCUUCAUACAAACUCUCGGAGAUUAUUGAAUACAUGGACUCGGCUUGCACGCACCCAACUGUAGUAGGCAUUGUGUAGAAAUAUUUUAGUAUUAGAAAAAAAGGCUUGACUUACAUGAACUCUUCCACGCUUAUUUUUUGGGAAGUUGACAAACUGCUGUACAAUACUGUGACACUACUGGCAACUCCUGAGACUAUGGGUUGUUGCGUGUGCGCGUUCAUUGCUCAAUAUAUCGAUAAUUUUAUAUCACUAUGGCACCGCACACAGCUGGCAUAACACUUGGGGCCGUUUAUGCAUGUUAAUGUGCCUUACACAAUACUGUAGUUCCAUCAAGUUUUUGUUGGGGUAACAACGAAGACGCUAUAAAAUAUUUGAAAAGCAACAUCAUUGAACUGCCUACUUCAAAAUCCACGUCAGUGGUACAAUGUUUACGGUUCUCGACAGGUGAUCCGCAAAUGGCCCAUUAGAUCUCCGCCAUGGCGGCCACAUUCCGAUGAAGAGCAAAUGCUAGACUUUCUUGUACGGAGAUAUUGCACUCCUGGCUAACGGAAAUAAAAUGUUCAAACAUUU